UUUGAACCCAACGUCUCUUCAAAACUCUCCGUUUCAGUUUCAAUUUUCUCUUCUCGUAAUAUCACAUGGCGGAUGCUGAUGUGUUGAGGGCCAAGAAAAAAGCAUUCUCGAGGAGAAAAGAAUGCAUAAAGAGGAAGACUAUGGAAUUGUCAACUUUGUGUGAUGUGAAAGCCUGCGCAGUGAUUUUAGGCCCCGACGGGCAGAUUGAUUCUUGGCCGGAGAAUCGGAGUGAAGUGCAGGAGGUGAUCAAUUUGUACCAAAACGGGUCUCGUAAUAAAAAGCGGAAGCAACAAUAUGAUGAUAGGGGUUGUAACAAGAAGCAGGUUUUGGGUGGUGAUGAAGGGGCUUUGAAUCCGGAAGAAUAUCUGAAAAAGAUUGAUGCCAAAUUGGGGGAAGUCAAGAAACGGAUUCAGUUUCUCAGGUCCAAAGAUCAAGAAAUCGAACCAGGCUGGCCUCAAAAAGAUUCACAAAAUUUGGGCUCACAUUCUAAUGUUGGAAUGCUGGAUUUUGGAAAUCAGUUGCCUGUGGAUAUCGGUGGCUUUACUAGCAAUUUUCAUUCUACAAAUUUCGGACCAGGAACCAGCUUUCAGUCAUCACAGGCAGCCUUCUCUCAGCUUCCACAGCAGCUGCACAUGGAGCAGCCAUGGAACUGUAUUGAUUCUCCAUUCUGGUUUGAACCUGAAAGUGCACUCUUGACCGGAGGCGAGCAAUUUCUACAAAGCUAUAUUGAUAACAAUGAUGAAUCUUCUUGGAUGCAGUCACCCCUAUUUCAAGAGACAUAUUGUUUUAGUCCAACCGUGGACACCUUUCUGCUGUGAAUUACAUGAAUUACAACGUUGCAAAUUGUGACCAGCCUCCGAGAUCGAAUCGAGCAAUAUUUUAAUCUGGAUUAGGACCCAUUUUCUUUUCCCUUUUGAUUCAUGUAUACAUACUUGUAACUCGUAAUAUAGAACAAUAAUCACUGGAGGGAAGAGAAAGGAAUGAUGUACAGUACAUUCUACUAUGUUACUGAUGCUAUGAACAACACUUACUGCUGGAACCAUCUUUUUAUCGCUCAGUUUUAAAGUUUCAAUUCACCAUUACCAGAUAA